UCCGCUGGUGCAGAAGCGGAGUUUCCGCGGGAUCAGUCCGGCGUCUGAGGGAUGGACCAGAAGUGGGGCUUCUAAAAUGGUGCCCUGUAACAGGAGAAGAGCUACAGUGACAGAGUCUGUGCAGCAUCCGGAUGACUUAGACCUGGAGUCAGCUACGCAGCCCGAACCCGGCCGGCUUAAAGACUUGGGGUCAGAGUCACCGUCCUGGGGUCAGCAUCAGGAGAGUUCACUGUGCCCCGAGGUGCACUCCGUGCUUGAUGUAGAAAGUCAGCUCGGCAUGGAGGAUCCGUCUCACAGCUCUAAGAUGCUCACCCAGCAUGGAAACUUACCAGUUUUGGAAGCCGUUGAUGUAGCCAUCUCUCAGGAAGUCACCCUUCCUUCUGUGGAGUCUUCUCAUUCCCUUACUGUACACCUCGAUAAAGGGAGACUCCAGGCCACGGCCUCAAGGAAAUCGAAGAAAAUUGUCUUCCAGCCUGGGCAGGUUACCAGAGAAGACCCAGGAGAUCAUCCUGUCAUUGAGGAACCUACUUUAUUAGGAGAGCCUGGCGAAGUCAAGGCAGAAGGAGGACAGCAUUUUGUAAGCAGGCGAAGCAAGAUCACUUUCUGUGCCCCUUCAGACUGAACAUGAUGGCAGUGAAUGUUGUUACUGAAGAGCAAGAGAGUGAAGAGAGUGACCAGAGGAAAAAAACCAAAAAGGGCACCAAGAGGAAACGAGAUGGAAAGAGUCAAGAACAAGGGACGAUGGCUCAUGACCUGAAACUGGAUGACAUGCUCGAUCGGACCUU